AUGCUUCAUCGUCAUUGGACUGGACAGAACUCGAGUGCUGGGGCUGUAGGUCACUGCCACAGCAUUACGAACCUUGCAGAAAAGUCGCGACUCGGAAUUGAUAUAUUUGAGUGCAUCCAUGGCUGGACCUUGGCCUCAAACACAGAGUCUGAUAAAGCAGGCUUGAACUGGUCUGGCAUACUAGCUGGGCUAGACCCAACCCUGAAGAAGCCAAAGUCGUCUGGUCUGAACUGGUUAACGUGGUGUGUGCACACAAAGUACCUUGACCAGACCAGACUUGGCCUAAAGUCAGCGGCCGCCAUAAGUACUGGACCCCAAGCCAAGGCACUUUCAGUCGUGACCUGUCUGCGGGGUUGUGGGAGCCAGACCAGACCAGACCAGCUUGAGACUUUACCAGUCAAGUGUCCCUCCUGGUCAACUCCAGUCUCGUCUUCUCUCCCGUCCCAGACCGCACGCCAAACCACGCAUCCACCUCCGUCCACUUCAGCAUCCAACCCUUCUUUCUUCUAUCCUAAUUCGUAUUCCACUCACGCCCACGGCCACACUUCCGUCUCCCGCCAUCAACAACGCGUCUCGUCUGCAGGUCUCUGGCCUUGUCCCUCCAGCCGGUGGCUGAAGGUUAACCUUGUCGACAUCUGCCUUCUGACCCCGUUUUAA